GGCAAGAAAAUCCAGAGGAAUAUUAUGAAAGAAUUUUACGUGUAUUCGAAUAUGCAGAACCAGUUAUAGCUAGUGCUAAUGCUAAUGUUAAUAAUACAUUUGUCGAUGCAAAUAAAUGUGAUAUUUUAAAAACUAAAAUGGCUGGAAAAUACACUCCCGUACCUGCAAAUGAUCUAUAUACUGCACUAAAUCCAGCUAUAAAUACUCCAGCAACCUUUUUAGCAUGGUUAAAAGGAAAGUAUACUACAGAAACAGUAGGAAGCAAACGGAUGGCAGAAAGAUUUUUAUCCCAAGAACAAUUCAAUCCAACCGAUACACCAGAUAUUCUUACUAUAAUUUAUCGUGAAUUAAAUCAAAAACAAGCUUUUCAG